UUCCCGCGCGCGGUGCAGCCGGGCUCAGGCCGUGCGGGCGGCAGGGGCUUGGCGCCGCCCUCCGCGGGGCCAGGCGCUCGGCUCCCGGCCCAGCCCGGGGGCGCGGCGGCGCAGAGGAAGCCCGCGCGGCGCGCCCAUGGGCAGCCCCGAGAACCGCAGCGACGGCUCGGAGGGCGCGGGCGAGCUGCCGUGGGCCGAGCUGCUGCCGUGCGACGAGCGCCGUUGCUCGCCCUUCCCCCUGGGGGCGCUGGUGCCGGUGACCGCCGUGUGCCUGGGCCUGUUCGCCGUCGGGGUGAGCGGCAACGUGGUGACGGUGCUGCUGAUCGGGCGCCACCGCGACAUGCGGACCACCAGCAACUUGUACCUGGGAAGCAUGGCCGUGUCCGACCUGCUCAUCCUGCUGGGGCUCCCCUUCGACCUGUACCGCCUCUGGCGCUCCCGGCCCUGGGUGUUCGGGUCGCUGCUCUGCCGCCUCUCGCUCUACGUGGGCGAGGGCUGCACCUACGCCACGCUGCUGCACAUGACGGCGCUCAGCGUCGAGCGCUACCUCGCCAUCUGUCGCCCGCUCCGGGCCCGCGUCCUCGUCACCCGGCGCCGCGUCCGCGCGCUCAUCGCGGGGCUCUGGGCCGUGGCGCUGCUCUCCGCCGGGCCCUUCUUUUUUCUGGUGGGCGUCGAGCAGGACCCCGGCCGCGACACGGUCCAGGACCUUAACGGCACCGCGCAACUCGCCCCCUCGCCCUGCGCCUCCCCGCCACCUCCACCCCUCGGGUCCUCGCGGGCGCCACCGCUGUCCCCGCCGUCGGGGCCCGAGGCGGCGGCGGCCGCGGCGCUGUUCAGCCGGGAGUGCCGGCCGAGCCCGGCGCAGCUGGGCGCGCUGCGCGUCAUGCUGUGGGUCACCACUGCCUACUUCUUCCUGCCCUUCCUGUGCCUCAGCGUCCUCUACGGGCUCAUCGGGCGGGAGCUGUGGAGGAGCCGCGGGCCGCUGCGAGGCCCGGCCACCUGCGGCCGGGAGAAGGGCCACCGGCAGACGGUCCGCGUCCUGCUGGUGGUGGUUCUGGCGUUUAUAGUUUGCUGGUUGCCUUUCCACGUUGGCAGAAUCAUUUACAUAAAUACCAAAGAUUCCCGGAUGAUGUACUUCUCUCAGUACUUUAACAUUGUUGCUCUGCAACUUUUCUAUCUGAGCGCAUCCAUCAACCCCAUCCUGUACAACCUCAUUUCAAAGAAGUAUAGGGCAGCAGCCUGGAACCUGCUGCUGGCCAGACGUCCCAAACAGACAGGUUUCUGUAGAAGCAAGGAGGCUGAAGGGGACCCUGGAGGACACAUGGCUGGCUGCACCGAGACCAGCGCUAACGUACAGACUUCAGCAACCAGCACAGCCAAACACGGUGCCUCUUCCCACAGCUCUGGGACUUAAGGGAAAACAGGGCUGUAGGGAGAAAACCGCGAGGGAGAAAACCGCGAGGGGGAAACCAAUGCUGUUUGGGAGAAUUAGAAAGAGUGGUUGAGGUUUUGCAAGUUGGUCAGCAACUUAGCAUGACUUUUUUUUUUUUUUAACAAAGGCAUGAAAUGUAACUGUACCAAUCUCUCUGGUUUUCCUUUCAUGUACCUCCUCGGGGACAUUCAUUUUAUCCUCCUGAAAUCCCACAUCACAAAGUGUGCUCUGGGGAGGUUUUGUAAGUCCUCAUUCUCCUACUCUUGGGAAAUAUGACCACUCAUUUUCUGGUUAACAAGUAAUCCAGAGAGAUGCUGCCAUAAAAUUUGUCACCUGUGAGGUCAGAGGUGUAUUUUUUUUUAUAUUUUGGAUAUAAAUGUGAUGGUUCAUCUACAAGGAAUCCAGGAUAAUGAGAGGGGUUUUGUUAUUGUUUUUUGACAACUUUGAAAAGGUGAAAAAUUUAUUAAAAAUUUUAAACUACAAAAUGUCCAUAGUUUUUAAAAGUUGCAUGUAAACUUCCUGCUUUAUAGCCUAAUUUCAGAGUCUGGCUUAGUAAUCAUAGUAAGCAAGGAUAAUGAAAGUUUUGAUCCAAGAAACUCUCUUUUAUUACUAAAUGCUUAUAUAUGGCAACAAAAAAUGUUUAGAAACAAGUGAAAGAAAUUCUGGGUAGAGUCCAGUGUUCAGGGGUCCCACCUCUCUCACGCUCAGAGCAAAUCAUUAAGUUUAGGCACAAUACCCUCUUUCAGAACCUGGUCACUGAAGCCUCAGGGCAGGGAGCUACAGCAGGACAUGGCUUCCACAAAGUGACUGCUGAUCACAUUGUUAAGAACUUUAAUGCGCCUUAUUUUCCUCAGCUUGAUGGGAUAAGUAGUGAUGGAACCAAGUCUCUGGUCUGAGUCUAAACUCUUAAGAGCCUUACCCACUCCCACCCAGAGAAGCUGCACUCACGGAAAAAACACAGAAGUCAAUGGAUGUAGUCAAGGGUGAGAGAGACUGUGCUGGACAUUCUGACCAACAACUCUGUAACUUUGUUUUGGUUUUUUAUAGUUUAAAACAUGAACCUGUUUUUAGAGGACUGCUGCUGCCUCGAUGAACUCCAAAGGGCCUGAGCCACACCAGAGUCUUAUGAAUGGCGCCCCCUGGAGGUAGACAGGAUACAACUCGCCCAGUUGUAAACUACAAACUGUGACUCUGUAAACAAGGGUCCUCUCCACAUGCUGACAAGGUCCUGUUGCUUUUUCAUGUGAUUAUCUAUGUACAGUGAUGCCUUCAAGUCCCCUUGAAGUGUCCUAAUACCCCAGCCCUGUCCUAAACUGACGCAGGAGCAAAGAAGCCUCCCAUCUACACUGUGUUUCUUCCAACUAGUGGAAGAAGCAGAUAGCCGUCACUUGGUGCAGCAGUCCCUAAACUGUGUUCUGCAGAUUUGGGGGGAGUAUUUAAAAAAAGGAUUCUGUGGUCAAAUAUAGUAGAAAAACACUGCAUGCUGUAUCCACCUUCUCAAGAGUCACAACACAAAAUAUCACAUCAGAGGCUCUGAAAAGUUGUUGGGGACACUGAUGUUCUCACAGUGCAGGUUCCAGCCUUGUGCCAUGGCCACCCCCCUGCUUGGUGGCACUAAGUGAGGACAUGCUGGAGAUGCAAUCACAUAGUCUUUCUUCUCACAGGAGUUCCUCUCUGGGGCAGUCUGAUGCAGCUUCUUCCCUGUGGAAAAUCAUGGCAAAGAACCUUACUGAUAUGUUAUAGUAUAAUAUUUUAAGUACAGAAGCAAAGACCUCUCCUUUGAGCUUUCUUGUUCAGAUUCUAGAAAAGAGGGAUUUAUAUCACCUUCCUGUGACCUACGUGUGUUCCCAGGUGUGGGUGGGA